AUGAAGUACGUGGCAGUCUUUGCCUCCUCGGCGAGUCUGGCUGACUUUCGGUUGCCAGAGUUUCAGUUCGUGGCCGCCACGCUGCGCGUCCCCAUCACGUUUCUGGACGACAAGAUCCCAUGGGUUGCAGGUGGCGCCGAUACGUUUUGGUUCAGCGUCUUCGAGUCCCCGGCGAGCCGUUCCGAGCUCAAGGCCCUCGCGGAGCGUUGCGCGCUGUUGCGCGGAGUGUACACGCUCUUCGAGACGGCCCCUACACUGGAGGACCUCUACGCGUGCCUCGAAGGGCGCCAUGGUACCGCGCCAGGAUCUGCAGCCCCAUCUCUUGCCUCCUCCCCCACCACCGCUGCCACCGCCUUCGUCGGCGAGGACGAGACGACGCACCUCGCGAGCUCGACAUACUCCUACCAGGUGGAGACAAUCGGCAAGAAGUACUCCGCGGACGCCAAGCGUGCGGUGGCGGAGGCGGUGCUGAAGCGUGUGCCGCGCGCUGGUGAGGUCGAGUGGCGACAGCCAGGGCGCGCCUACUACAUAUUCCUCCAGCACGCUAUCGAGAACGCGCCCCCUGGAGCGCAAGGAUGGGUAUCGAAUGCGCCGCUGCUGCGCGUCUUUCACUGCUGCCUCUGCGUCGAGUCCAGCCGCAGUGCGCUCCUCGCCACGUACGACCUGCGAAAGCGGCCCUACAUCGGCACCACCUCCAUGCCGCCGGAGGAGUCGCUUAUGAUGGCGAACAUGUCAGGCGUGUGUCGCGGCCACUACGUGUACGACCCGUUCUGCGGCACGGGGAGCCUGCUCAUCGCGGCGGCGCACUACGGCGCCAGGACCUUCGGCUCCGACGCUGAUGGACGGGCGAUGCGGGCCGGCACGGAGAAGGGAAAGACGAGUCCACAGAUGCAGCAGCAACGCCGCCUGGCGCUCGCGGCCUACCCUGAGGAGCAGUUGUGCGUCUUGACGGAGGAGGAGCGUGUGCUGCCAAGCAUGAUCACCAACUUCAAGCUGUACCACCUCCCACCCCCUGACAGAGCUCGCAUGAACUUCUCCGCGUGGCCGCGGACGUGGCACACCUGCGCACUGCGUCUCGGCUCCGGGGGCAUCUUCGACAGCAUCAUCACGGACCCGCCGUACGGCCUACGCGAGCCGCGCAAGAAGGUGGAAACAACGACUCCCACCAUCCCAACGGCAGCAGCGGCCUCUACGGAGGCUGGCCGCGACAACGCCGUCAAACAGCAAGCUGUCACUUUCUCCGCCUACCCCACCCACGAGGUGCUGCUGGAUCUCGUCAUGUUCGCCGCCACAUACCUCGUCGUCGGAGGCCAUCUCACCUUCUGGCACCCCACCACCGAUCACUACACGGACGACGAGCUGCCCACCCACCCGUCCCUGCGCAUUGUGUGCAACAUCGCGCAGCGGGUGUCGCUCAAGGUUGUGCGCCGUCUCAUCGUUCUACGAAAGGUCGCGCCGGUGCCGACUCCGCCGCCGUCACGCGAAUCCUGCGCCGCGAAGAAGUCCCCAGAUGAUCUGCGUGUGCUCAUGGACGAAACGGAGCUGCCGGACAACGCGGACUACAUGCACUACCGCGCCAAGCGCGAGCGGAAGCGCGAGGCAGCGCACAAGUACAAGUCGUCAGCAGGCGCCUCCUCCUCCCCCUCCACCCCUGUCACAGGUGAGGAUGUCCGCAGCGGCAGCGAUGGAGGCAACCGGCGCGGUCGAAAGCACAGCCGGCUGGACGGGCAGGACAAGAUUGUGGCGAAUCGGCAGCGCAACAUCGAGCUGCGGGCGGCGAAGCAGGCGGCCUCGCACCUCACGAAUGCGGCGCACAAGACGGUCGACCAAACCCGACCGUGA